CUCCGGGGGAGCCUUGUCUCGCCCCCCUCCCCUCCCUGCGAGGCGCCUCAGGAUGGCGGCAGACGACGACGACGACUGAGAUUGAAGCGUAAACCCGGAUCGAUGUCCCACCACUUCCCAGCCGCCCGCGAGGAAUUCAGGAUCACAUGACCCUGGAUAUGGAUGUCGUCCUCUCGGAUUUUGUCCGCUCAACUGGGGCUGAGCCAGGAUUGGCCAGAGACUUACUGGAAGGGAAAAACUGGGACCUGAGCGCCGCGCUGAGCGAUUUUGAGCAACUGAGGCAGGUUCACGCUGGGGCCCUGCCCCAUUCCUUCAACGAGGGGCGCACUUUUAAGCUUGUGGAGAAGGAGGCGGUGCGUCCCAUGCGUCCACCGCUGCAGCGCCAAGAUGACAUCGUGCAAGAAAAGCGCCUGUCCCGUGGCAUUUCCCACGCCAGCUCCACCAUCGUUUCUUUGGCCCGCUCCCACGUCUCCAGCAACGGCAGCGGCGGCGGCGGCGGCGGAGGCGAGCAUCUGCUGGAGAUGCCCAUUUGCACCUUCCAGCUGCCCGACCUGACCGUGUACCAGGAGGAGUUCCGCAGCUUCAUCGAACGCGAUCUCAUCGAGCAGUCCAUGCUGGUGGCCCUGGAGCAGGCCGGUCGUCUCAACUGGUGGGCCAACGUGGACCCCAGCUGCCAAAGGCUGCUUCCCUUAGCGACGACGGGUGACGGAAAUUGCCUGCUUCAUGCCGCCUCUCUAGGCAUGUGGGGUUUUCACGACCGAGACCUCAUGCUCCGCAAAUCCCUGUACGCGCUCAUGGAUAAAGGCGUGGAGCGGGAAGCCUUGAAGCGGCGCUGGAGGUGGCAGCAGACACAGCAGAACAAAGAGUCCGGCCUAGUUUACACGGAGGAAGAGUGGCAGAAGGAGUGGAACGAACUGAUCAAGCUGGCUUCGAGCGAACCCCGCAUGCACUACGGCACCAACGGCGGGACCUGCGGAGGCGUCGAAGGCUCCGAGGAGCCUGUCUACGAAAGCCUGGAGGAGUUCCACGUUUUCGUCCUCACCCACGUGCUGAAGAGGCCCAUUGUGGUUGUGGCGGACACCAUGCUCCGAGACUCGGGAGGGGAAGCGUUCGCCCCCAUCCCCUUUGGCGGCAUUUAUCUGCCCCUGGAGGUUCCCGCCAGCAAGUGCCACCGCUCCCCGCUGGUCCUGGCCUACGACCAAGCCCACUUCUCUGCCCUGGUAUCCAUGGAGCAGAAGGAGCCCACCAAGGAGCAAGCUGUGAUCCCGUUGACCGACUCCGAACACAAGCUGCUUCCUGUGCACUUUGCCGUGGACCCCGGGAAAGACUGGGAGUGGGGCAAAGACGACGGCGAUAACGUCAGGCUGGCGAGCGUGACGCUCUCGCUGGAAGCCAAGCUGCAUUUGCUGCACAGCUACAUGAUUGUCAAGUGGAUCACGUUGCCUUGCGACAUGCAGGCACCCCUAGCCCAGCCCGAGUCGCCCACCGCCUCCGCAGGGGACGAGGCCCGGUCGGCGGCGGACUCCGGGGAGUCGGAUAAGGAGUCCGUCUGCAGCAGCUCGGCGAGCAACAGCGGCGGCAGCAAGAGCGGCAGCAGCAGCAAGGACAAGGAGAAGGCCAAGAAGGAGCGGGACAAGGACAAGGAGAAGAAGCGGGCCGACUCGGUGGCCAACAAGCUGGGCAGCUUCGGCAAGACGCUGGGCAGCAAGCUGAAGAAGAACAUGGGGGGGCUGAUGCACGGCCGGGCGGUCAAGGGGGGGCUCAGCAACGGGCAAGGGGAGGCGCUGGCUGAGAAGAAGAAGAAGAGCGGCGGCGGCGGCAGCUCCGUCAAGGGCCGGAAGGGCAGCAAGGAGGAGGCGGCGGCGGCUCCCGGGGACUCGGCGGGGGCAGCCGACAAGCCGUGCUCGGGCAAGGCGGCGGCGGCGGCAGAGAAGCCUCCGGAGACCUGCAAGUACGGCAGCGACGUCAAGCUGAGCCUGAGCAUCCUGCGGGCCGCCAUGCAAGGGGAGCGCAAGUUCAUCUUCGCUGGCCAGCUCAAGACCAGCCACCGGCACCAGUACCAGGAGGAGAUGAUCCAGCGAUACCUCUCGGAUGCCGAGGAGCGCUUCUCUGCUGAGCAGAAGCAGAAGGAAGCGGAGAAGGCGGCGGCGGCGGCGGGGCUGGGGAACGGCGGGGCAGGGAAGAAGCCAGACUCGGAGGGCAACCCCCUGAGAGGGGGGGAGGAGGGGCUGCUGAGCCCUGCCUACCCACCGGGCCUCUCGCCGUACGGCCUCCAGAGCCCCAACCUGGCUGCCGUGGGGGCGAAGAUGGCCGGCUUCCCUUCCAGCUACUCGGGGGUCUUCACCAUCCCCCGCCCCUCCAUGAUGAGCGGCGUGGAGAGCGGCCACCCCCCCAGCUACCAAGACAGCCGGCGGCAACUGGCCGGCGGCCCCUGCGCCCCCCUCCCCUCUUACGCCACGCUGCCCAGGCACUGCCCUCAGGGCCGCCCGCACCCGGCCAGCUCCCCGCACCUGGGGGCCCGCUUCUCCCCGGCAGAGGUGGACAUGCCGCCGAGUUACGCGGCCUUGGACUGCGACGGCUCGGCCUGCCCGGUUCUGCCCAGCAACGGGUACCGAGAAUACCCGGAGCCCGGCGGCAGCGGCUCCCCACAGGGGCCCCACGGCGACCGGAGCAGACCGCGGCUGCUCUACGGGGUGCAGCAGACCAAGUGCAAGCAGCCGAGCUGCAGUUUUUACGGGCACCCGGAAACCGGGAACUUCUGCUCCUGCUGUUACAAAGAGGAACUGAGGCGCAAAGAACAGGAGCGGGAGGCCUUGAUACAUCGGUUUUGACCGGCCUCUGGUGUCUGGACCCACGGGAGGUGGGGAAUGCAAUAAUCUUCUCUUGCCCGCCCCAGUUUCCCUGUCUCGUUCAGGAGAAGGGUUGGCCAGUUUCAA